CUUCUCCAUAAGCAAACUCUUUCCUCAACUGGGUUCCAAAAAUUCUACAAGUUCUUCCAAGUAGUCAAAACCAAGAAAGUCAAAGUAAAAAAAAUGAGUGCAACAACAAAGUUUAUAAAAUGUGUCACAGUUGGAGAUGGAGCUGUUGGAAAGACUUGUCUUCUUAUUUCUUACACUAAUAAUACUUUCCCAACUGAUUAUGUUCCAACAGUUUUUGAUAACUUUAGUGCAAAUGUUGAUGUUGAUGGCCAAAAUGUCAACUUGGGUCUUUGGGAUACUGCUGAACUAUUUCACACAUAUGAAAUGCCAGUGGACCCAUUCUCACGGGACGACAUUUUGACAAAAACAAACAAUGUAGGUCAAGAAGACUACAAUAGAUUAAGGCCUCUUAGCUACAGAGGAGCUGAUGUUUUUAUCCUGGCUUUCUCUCUAAUAAGUAGGCCUAGCUUUGAGAACAUAUCAAAGAAGUGGGUCCCAGAGCUACGACAUUAUGCCCCAUUAGUGCCUAUCGUCCUUGUGGGCACUAAAUUAGAUUUAAGAGAAGACAAGAAGUUUUUAAUGGACUAUCCGUGUGCUUGUACUAUAUCAACUUCACAGGGUGAAGAACUAAAGAAACAAAUAGGAGCAGUGGGUUAUGUUGAAUGCAGCUCUAAAACACAACAGAAUGUGAAAACAGUCUUUGAUGUGGCUAUCAAGGCAGUCCUUCAACCUGUAAAGGCAAAAAAACUAAAGAAAAGACGAGGAUGUCUUAUAUUGUGAUUAAACUUAUAAUCACAGAUAUUAAGAUACUAACAUCAGUGUAAAAUAAACAUCAUAGAUUCCUAAAUGUACAACUUAUAUCUAUGCACCUUAUGUCCUAGCUAGCUUUAUGGAUAUCCAUUUGUGAAUGCUUGUUGAUAAUGAUUAUUUCCUCAAUCUUUUAUCAUGGAAA